AUGGUGCCUGGCAUGGGAAAUGUAUCGUUACACCAUCCGCGUGCCGCGCGAUCAUACACAGCUGCAAUGCCCUCUCCCACUGCCAUUGCCGUUCCGCAAUGCCGUGCUCACGCUUGGACGCGUGUUGGGAUCCUUGCGGACUUGGCUAUGAAGCCAUUUGAAAAGGAUUUGUACUGGUUGGCACCAUCAGGACCAAGAUUCUCCUUCAUGUGCUCAGCCUUUCAUCCUAAGGCUGCAGAUUACUGGAUCUUAUCGGCUGUCGAGGAGUGCGCGAGCUUACCUUUCGCUACUGUCCUGCUACUCGGAUCGUUUCGUUUUGCCUCUGCGGGAACUUUUCACAUCUUCUGGAGCUACCGAUACUUGUCCAUCACGAUCAGGCCCGGUCAAGAAGCGAUCCAUGGCGAUCACGCCAUACGCCUAGGAAGCAUCUGCCACGAUCGAGUCUGGCGAAGGAAUGAGCUAGGUUGGGCUUGGCGCAGGCGAAGAUAGCCUUCUUGAUAUCGUCGACAUCCUUCUUCUUGUUAGCAGCCUCGAUCGCGGCCUACCCCUUCCCUAGAGAGGUAUCCUGAAUACCCAAAGCCCUGAACAUCUCGUACAUCCUCGUCCUGCGGUAGCCUUCCGCGCCGCACUGGUUGUACGUACCGGUGAUGUAAGUACCGGUGAACUCGCGCUCGACGCGGAGGUUAGGGCAGUCGGCUUUGUUGUAGCGAACCUCUCCGUGGUUGAAGCGCUCGCUGGCUAGGCUGCCGCCAUCCUUACGUAGCUUUGGGCAGUCCGCGCGAAAUGACCUUCGUCUCCACAGUUGUGGUAGCCGCCACCGUAAGGAGCGUCGGCGUGUUUGGACAUGUUGUCGGUGGAAAAGCCAGCACUGCCGCCAUCCUUGCGUGGCUUUGGGCAGUCCUACGCGAAAUGACCUUCGUCUCCAGAGUUGUGGUAGCCGCCAUCGUGAGGAGCGUCGGCGUGCUUGGCACGUUGUCGGCAGAAAAGCCACCAUCCAUGUUGUCGCCGCCGAUGUUGCGAUCGGCCUGCCAGCCGCCAGCAUCGCCGCCAGAACCGGGUUCGGUCAUGCAAGGAUUGUCGACAGGAUCAGGUGGAGCAUUAUCCCAAGUGGAGCUGCGCAUGGUGACUGUCGCUGUUGUCGGAUGAGGAAAGGUAUACUUGGAAGAGUGCU